UUCAUGUUUCAGCGCUCCUCAUUUAAAAAGUGUUCGUUUGAACGUUAAAGGCCCAAUUCAGUCGCCAUUAUUGAUUAUAAGACGGUGUUUGAAAUGUCUCUGGGAGUGAAGUUUGGAGCAUAACGAAGGAUUGUACUAGGAGUUUAUUAGUAAUAUCGGCCUUGGUUUCGAGAGUUAAAACAUGGCUCAGCGUGUAUCGGUGUCAGAUGGAGGAAACAAGAAGACGUCCAGGGUUCGGGUAGCGGUUCGUCUGCGACCUUACAUGGGCAAGCAAGAUGAGAAAGGCGAGGGACCGUGUGUAAGAGGCCUGGACUCCCAGAACUUGGAAAUAAUCAACUGGAGGAAUGCUACGGAGACAGUUAAAUACCAUUUUGACGUUUUUCAUGGUGAGCAAACAACGCAGCAAGAGGUUUUUCUUUCAUCUGUGAAGCCAAUUCUAUCACACAUACUGAAUGGACAAAAUGCUAGUGUGUUCGCUUAUGGGCCAACAGGAGCCGGUAAAACCCACACUAUGUUGGGCGGAUCAGAGCAGCCUGGAGUGAUUCCUCGUGCUGUUCGUGAGGUCUUCAAUCUAGUUAAAGCUAAGGAUGAGGAUGAAGGAUGGGACUACAGCAUUGGCAUGUCUUAUUUAGAAAUUUACAAUGAGAAGGUGCUAGAUCUUCUAUCUCCGAGUUCCCAGGAUCUGCCAAUCCGAGAGGACAAGGACAAGAACAUCCUGAUCCCUGGCCUCACUCACAUAACAAUCUCCUCCUUCUCAGACUUUGAUAAAUAUUUUGUCCCUGCCAGUCUGAAUCGUACAACAGCUUCUACCAAACUUAACCAGCGCUCCAGUCGUAGCCAUGCUAUUCUCCUCAUCAAGGUUGUACGGACUCAGCGUGCCAUCACCCACCGACAACAGACGGGCAAGCUGUACUUAGUAGACUUGGCUGGGUCUGAGGACAACCGCCGUACCGGCAACCAUGGCAUCCGUCUGAAAGAGAGUGGUGCUAUCAACUUGUCUCUUUUCACUCUCAGCAAAGUUGUGGACUCUCUUAACUCUGGCACUGCUGGUCGUGUGCCAUACAGGGACAGUAAAUUAACACGACUGCUCCAGGACUCUCUGGGUGGCUCAGCACACUCCGUCAUGAUCACCAAUAUUGCACCAGAGUACAAAUACUAUUUUGAUACCUUUAGUGCACUGAACUUUGCAGCCAAAUCCAAGCUCAUUGUGAAUAAACCCUUCACACGAGAGACUGUGGCAGUGCCUGCUCUGCCAGUGAAGCGGGCCAGAGAGGACCAUGAGGUGGGGGGGUCUGGCACAGAUCUACUUAAGAAAAGGCAGAAAGAGGAGAGGAAAACUGAAGGGGAUGGUUCGGCACCCUCAGUACAUUUUCACAGUCUGGCUGAACCGUCAGUGAUGGACAGACUAAUAGCUCUCGAGAAGCUGAUGAUGAGCUGCCAGGAGAAAGAGAGAAUUGGUGUGCUGAAAGAUAUUGCUCAGUCUCGCAAGGAGAUCCAGGAGCUCAAAGAGAAGCAAAGAGAGUUUGAGAGCAAGACCCUGCUGUUCAGUCAGCUUGCUGGCGAAAAGUCCAGUACCAAACAGAAUUCUGUCUUCCAGAACAACACAGCUCCUCUGCAAAGAAAACCAUCAAAUGCCACAAAACCUAAUAAGCAGCAGGCUGUGGUCCAGCCCCUACAAGUUUCCCAGCUGCAGCAGCUUGCAGUCAUCAACAAACAGUCUGUCUGCAUCAAGAAAAAGCAGCUUUCAGACCAGGUUGAGUGUCCAGAGGGUAAAGAGAAUAUAAUGGAGACUAGCUGGGAGUCGCAACUCGACACAUCUGUGCUCGAGCAGUCCAGGCAGAAAAUCCUGCAGGUUCUCAACACCGGCUCCUUUAAAGAACUGAAAGGUUUGCAGCAGAUCGGUGACAAGAAGGCAAAGCUCAUCCUGGGUUGGAGAGAGAUUCAUGGUCACUUCACGAAGUUGGAAGAUCUAGUAAAAGUUGAGGGUAUGACAGAAAAGAGAUUUUCUUCCUUCAUGAAGGCAAACAUCCUGAGUGCCAUGGGAAAAUGAUGUGUAUAUAUAUUUUUAAAUCACCUCAUUUUUAAUAUGUAUGCAACUUUUUUUUUAUUUUUUUUAUAUAAUAUCUCAAAAGCUUUUGUCAUGUGUCAAGUUUGAUAUUUUUGUAGUAACCACUGUGUGCCUGCUGGUGGCGCAUUGCUUUUCAGUUGAGGUCUCAUGUCACUGAAUGUUUAUUUUAUGGUGAUAAAUAAAUCCAAUGGUGACCUUUUAAAGGUGGGCCACGUGUCACAACCA